AUGGCGUCGCCUGAGCAUGGAGAAACCACAGCGGCUGCCACAGCGUUGCUGCCUGCCCUGGCCAGACCAAGUCACAGUGCUUUGGACAUAGUCGUGGCGGCAUUACCCAGAAAUCCAUACUGCUCAAAUGAAGGCCCACCACACUGUGGCUGUAAAUUUCCCAAUGUGACCCUCCAGCCGCAGUGGGUCGCAUCAAAGCCAUGGUCUCUCUGGAAAACAUUUCUGGUGUGUCUGUUGGCUUGUCUAAUUGCAACAACCCUAGUUGUUUUGGUCUUAUAUUUUGUCCACUUCGGCAAAGCCCCCAACAAUGGUAACAGCAUCAUCAUUCACACAGAUGGAAAGUCCACCCAUGUCACCUGCAUCUUUGAUUCGGCCUCACCGACCCAGUCAGAACCUCAGACCACCUUCUCUACCACACCUGAGGCAAAUCAGAGCUCUACAACCCUGCUGAGCACUGUCUACUAUCCAACACCUACUGGACCACCAUCUACGGUGCCGACUGUCAAAACCACGGUGGAUCAUGAAGUGGAAAUUGAAGAAUGA